AUGACGGCUGUGUGCCCCUCUGGGGUGGGCCCUGCUGGGGCUACGGUGGGGGGCUCCAGGGGGUCUGGGGCUGGGAGUACAACUGGGAGUACAGGGGGUCAGGACAGGAGAUACGCCUGCUGGAGCCGUCAGGACAGCUCGGACAUCACUACAGAUGAUGAGGGGGUCCCUGCCCGCCAACUCACCCCCCUGGAGAGGCUCAACCUCGACAUGUGCCAGGACGACAGGUAGGACCAGGAUGCCCAACACUCUCUUAGAAAACAACAAGAAAGAAGAUUCAUUAUCACAUGUAUUGUUUUUCUGGAUCAUUUGUAAAUGCUGAUUAUUUGGCAACCCCUCUGGUAACCCUACUGACAGGGUGGUCCGUGAGCUUACAGUGGGCCGACGUAUCGGCUUCUACAAGGUCCACGGGGAGAUCGGCUGUGGAAACUUCUCCCACGUCAAACUGGGGAUCCACGCCCUCACCAAAGGUAAGGAAGACACCUGCCAAGCAGCAAACACAUUAACUGAUAUUUAACAUAACAGACACAGCCCUGCUGUACUGUAGAUGCUCACCAAACCUUUGAAUCUUUCAAUUAUUCAUUCAUAGACCAGUAAAAGUGAGAAGAUAUGUAGGCCUGGCCAAUCUUCACUAAAUAUGCUGGCUUGAGUUGAAUAGUUUUUGGAAAACCCCAGCUCCUCUGCUCCAGCAAAAUCUCAAACCGCAGUGUUGACUGACUAGCUGUUUUCAUCAAUGAGCUUAUAAUACGUAUCCUUAGAUAGCUGUUUGCUAAUGAGCCAGUGGUUUGGGCCUGUGGUCUGAAUCAGCCACAGAGAGACAGCCUGUCUGCUGCCGUUGAAAGAUGGAUUGAUUAGAGAUUGUGUGUUUCCCUAACGACGGCUGGAAUUGCUGCAUGCUUCAUCAAAGACUGAAGUGUGUUUGUAUGAGUGAGUGUGUGUGUGUGUGUGUGUGUGUGUGUGUGUGUGUGUGUGUGUGUGUGUGUGUGUGUGUGUGUGUGUGUGUGUGUGUGUGUGUGUGUGUGUGUGUGUGUGUGUGUGUGUGUGUGUGUGUAUGUGUGUAUGUGUGUGUGUUUUUGUGUGUGUGUGGUAUCGCUUGCUUAGUCCGACAAAGCAAAAUGAGCUCCGGGGCAUUUUUAAAGGCUGUCACUGAAAGCUGUGACAGAGCAGAAAGAGAGACUAAUACCAGUCUUAAUGAAUUAUGCAUGUCAAAGCACAAUUAGAUAUCUCAGCACCAUCACACCGCUGAAGGACUUUUCCAUACCCUAUUACCAAAGGUCUUUGUUUUCUUCAUUUAUAUUAUUAAUUAAUUAAUGCUAUUGAUAUCAAGUAUGGGUGCUACAGGUGAGGUCAGGGUGGUCGGUGCCGUUUAAGAUGAGCAUGGCAUUAUUUCUAUUACAGCAUAUUGAAUGACUGUCAUUCUUAAUCCAUUCACCCAGCUCAAUGUAACAUUGAUAGGUUUAGGCUACUACAUGAUACUCAAAUUUGAGGUUAUUAUAACCUAGGCUACGAAUGAAAGUUUACAACUUUGGUGCAAAAGUUGAGAGAAAAAUGUGAGUAAUCAAAGUGACAGACAGUGACACAUUCAAUACCACCUUGGACGCUCUUGCCUGCAUCUAGCUGAUCUAGGGUGUAAUAAUUAGUCCAACAGUUGCAAACAAGAGUUUCUAUUGGACAAAUGCAGGUAUGUUUAUCCCCGUUUCGUUUCGUUUGCUUCUGUCAGGUCAACAUUCACAAGGCCGCAGGGCCAAACGGAUUACCAGGUAGUGUACUCCGAGCAUGUGCUGACCAACUGGCAAGUGUCUUCACUGACAUUUUCAACAUGUCCCUGACUGAGUCUGUAAUACCAACAUGUUUCAAACAGACCACCAUAGUCCCCGUGCCCAAGGACACUAAGAUAACCUGCCUAAAUGACUACCGACCCGUAGCCAUGAAGUGCUUUGAAAGGCUGGUCAUGGCUCACUUCAACACCAUUAUCCCAGAAACCCUAGACCCACUCCAAUUUGCAUACCGCCCCAACAGAUCCACAGAUGAUGCAAUCUCUAUUGCACUCCAUACUGCCCUUUCCCACCUGGACAAGAGGAACACCUACGUGAGAAUGCUAUUCAUUGACUACAGCUCAGGGUUCAACAUCAUAGUGCCCUCAAAGCUCAUCAGUAAGCUAAGGUUCCUGGGACUAAACACCUCCCUCUGCAACUGGAUCCUGGACUUCCUGACGGGCCGCCCCCAGGUGGUAAGGGUAGGUAACAACACAUCUGCCACGCUGAUCCUCAACACGGGGGCCCCUCAGGGGUGCGUGCUUAGUCCCCUCAUGUACUCCCUGUUCACCCAUGACUGCAUGGCCAGGCACGACUCCAAUACCAUCAUUAAGUUUGCCAACGACACAACAGUGGUAGGCCUGAUCACCGACAACGAUGAGACAGCCUAUAGGGAGGAGGUCAGAGUCCUGGCCGUGUGGUGCCAGGAUAACAACCUCUCCCUCAACGUGACCAAGACAAAGGAGAUGAUUGUGGACUACAGGGAAAAAAAACAGGACUGAGCAUGCCCCCAUUCUCAUCGACGGGCUGUAGUGGAACAGGUUGAGAGCUUCAAGUUCCUUGGUGUCCACAUCACCAACGAACUAUCAUGGUCCAAACACACCAAGACAGUCGUGAAGAGGGCAUGACAAAGCCUAUUCCCCCUCAGGAGACUGAAAAGAUUUGGCAUGGGUCCUCAGAUCCUCAAAAAGUUAUACAGCUGCACCAUCGAGAGCAUCCUGACUGGAUGCAUCACUGCCUGGUAAUGCAACUGCUCGGCCUCCGACCACAAGGCACUACAGAGGGUAGUGCGUACGGCCCAGUACAUCACUGGGGCCAAGCUUCCUGCCAUCCAGGACGUCUAUACCAGGCGGUGUCAGAGGAAGGCCCACAAAAUUGUCAAAGACUCCAGCCACCCUAGUCAUAGACUGUUCUCUCUGCUACCGCAUGGCAAGCAGUACCGGAGCGCCAAGUCUAGGUCCAAAAGGCUUCUCAACAGCUUCUACCCCCAAGCCAUAAGACUCCUGAACAGCUAAUCAUGGCUACCAUUUGCACCCGGACCAAAAUAAUACUACGAAAUAUAGCUAGCUCUCGCUCUUGCUCUCUCAAAUCAAAUCAAAUCAAAUGUAUUUAUAAAGCCCUUUUUACAUCAGCAGAUGUCACAAAGUGCUUAUACAGAAACCCAGCCUAAAACCCCAAACAGCAAGCAAUGCAGAUGUAGAAGCACGGUGGCUACGAAAAACUCCCUAGAAAGGCAGGAACCUAGGAAAAAACCUAGAGAGGAACCAGGCUCUGAGGAAUGGCCAGUCCUCUUCUGGAUGUGCCGGGUGGAGAUUAUAAGAAUGCAUUGCCAUUAAGGCCAGAUCGUUCAUAGAUGACCAGCAGGGUCAAAUAAUAAUCACAGUGGUUGUAGAGAGUGCAGCAGGUCAGUGCCUCAGGAGUAAAUGUCAGUUGGCUUUUCAUAGCCAAGCAUUCAGAGUCCAAGACAGCAGGUAUGGUAGAGAGAGAGAGAAGAGAGGAGAGAGAGAGAGAGAGAGAGAGAGAGAGAGAGAGAGAGAGAGAGAGAGAGAGAGAGAGAGAGAGAGAGAGAGAGAGAGAGAGAGAGAGAGGGUUGAAAACAGCAGGUCCGGGACAAGGUAGCACAUCCGGUGAACAGGUCAGGGUUCCAUAGCCGCAGGCAGAACAGUUGAAACUGGAGCAGCAGCACGACAAAGUAGCAGGUCUGGUGAACAGGUCAUGGUUCCAUAACCACAGGCAAAACAGAUUGUCAUUCAUUUGUUAAGAAAUUAAUUUGUUCAUUGUUCAAAACUGUUCAACUAUUGUCUCUCUCUCUCUUUGAGUCAACUACACACUACCUUUUAUGCACUGCAGUGCUAGCUAGCUGUAGCUUAUACUUUCAGUACUAGAUUAAUACUCUGAUCCUUUGAUUGGGUCGACAACAUGUCAGUUCAUACUGCAAGAGCUCUGAUAGGUUGAUGGACUUACUGUGUAAGUCUAUGGAAGGGGAUGAGAACCAUGAGCCUCCUUGGUUUUGUAUUGAAGUCAAUGUACCCAAAAGAGGACGGAAACUAGCUGUCCUCUAGCUACACCAUGGCGCUAUCCCAGAGAUUGCUGUUGAGGCAACUGUAGAACUUCCUUGCAAAACAGUGUGUUUUAAUCAAUUAUUUGGUGACGUGAAUAUACACUACUUGACCAAAAGUAUGUGGACACCUGCUUGUCGAACGUCUCAUUCCAAAAUAAUGGGCAUUAAUAUGGAGCUGGUCCCCAAUUUGAUGCUAUAACAGCCUCCACUCCUCUGGGAAGGCUUUCCACUAGAUGUUGGAACAUUGGUGCGUGGACUUGCUUCCAUUCAGCCACAAGCGCAUUAGUGAUGUUAGGCAUGUAUGUUGGGUGAUUAGGCCUGGCUCACAGAUGGCGUUCCAAUUCAUCCCAAAGGUGUUCGAUGGGGUUGAGGUCAAGUCUGUGUGCAGGCCAGUUAAGUUCUUCCACACCGAUCUCGACAAACCAUUUCUGUAUGGACCUCGCUUUGUGCAUGGGGGCAUUGUCAUGCUGAAACAGGAAAGGGCCUGCUCCAAACUGUUGCUACAAAGUUGGACGCACAGAAUCGUCUAGAAUGUAAUUGUAUGCUGUAGAGUUAAGAUUUCCCUUCACUGGAACUAAGGGGCCUAGCCCGAACCAUGAAAAAAAGGGCCAAGACCAUUAUUCCUCCUCCACCAAACUUUACAGUUGGCACUAUGCAUUGGGGCAGGUAGCGUUCUCCUGGCAUCUGCCAAACCCAGAUUUGUCCGUCGGACUGCCAGAUGGUGAAGCGUGAUUCAUCACUCCAGAGAACGUGUUUCCAAUGGCGGCGAGCUUUACACCACUCCAGCCGACGCUUGGCAUUGCGCAUGGUGAUCUUAGGCUUGUGUGCGGCUGCUCGGCCAUGGAAACCCAUUUCAUGAAGCUCCCGACGAACAGCUCUUGUGCUGACGUGGCUUCCAGAGCAGUUUGGUAGUGAGUGUUGCAUCAGAGGACAGACGCGCUACGCGCUUCAGCACUUGGCGGUCCCGUUCUGUGAGCUUGUGUGGCCUACCACUUCGAGGCAGAGCCGUUGUUGCUCCUAGCUGUUUCCACUUCACAAUAACAACACUGACAGUUGACCGGGGAAGCUCUAGCAGGGCAGAAAUUUGACAAACUGACUUGUUGGAAAGGUGGCAUCCUAUGACGGUGCCACGUUGAAAGUCACUGAGCUCUUCAGUAAGGCCAUUUAUCUGCCAAUGUUUGUCUAUGGAGAUUGCAUGGCUGUAUGCUCAAUUUUAUACUCCAGGCAGUAACGGCGUGGCUGAAAUAGCCAAAUCCACUAAUCUGAAGGGGUGUCCACAUACUUUUGUAUAUAUAGUAUAUUUAGUAUAGUUUUUUCUAAAAAGAAUAACUUUUGUUAUUGUUUCACUAUAAAAAAUAAAAUAAAAAAACAUUCACUGAGGAGGAUGGUCCUCCCCUUCCUCCUCUGAGGAGUCUCCACUGGUAGAGGUUGCCCUUAGGCACAGAUCUAGGAUCAGCUUACUCUCCCCAAAGCCAAAUCAGAACACCUUCACCCCUCUCCUAAAUGGGUCGAAUUUGAUGUUUUGAUGUUCAAUUUGUUCUCUACAACCUACACAGUAUGUGUGAUCAUCAUUUCUGUUCGGUUAUUUCUGCUCUGUCCUGUCGUCUCAUCAAUAGUCGAAUACGAAUUUUCAAGAUAGUAAUGUUCUUGUUGAAAUGAGUAAUACUUAGAAUUGAUUGUUUUAGAAUAGGCUAUAAUCAAGAAAAUGGGUUUCCACAGAAAUCAAGCUCUCUAACAAAUUAGUUAGUUGCCUCAGUCAGAGAAAAUGGACAAUAUACAAUAGAAUACAAGAAAGCAAUAACAUAAGCCUAUAUCUAACGGUUUGCAGGUUUGUCUAGGCUUCUACAGCUCUUUUAAAGCUACAUUCUGGGAUUUGGUCCCAGAUCCGGUCAUAGACUUUAGCUGCUUGCUCUGGUGUGCCCCCAGAGGAUGGGUGGAGACUUCCAGCAUUGUGACAUUUAGUUAGGCAGUUUGCGAUUUGUUGUCUGUGUUGCCAGGCACCAUGCUGGGUGUUGUAUGUAAUCCUGUUCAUUACAUUAUAGUCAUGGAGGUAAAGGAGAAGGCUGAGGGACUACGGAAUGAGCUGAACCCCAGACAUCAGAUAGCUGUCCUUGAGGUUUUCAAUGGUCAGUUGUUCCACAUAGUUAAAGUCAGCAUUAUCCAGCUCCUCCCGUGCCUCAUCUCAGGACUAACAUCCACAACAUUGACUGGCUCAUAUUCAGUCAACUCCUCCUAGCUCCUCCUGCUGGUUCUUCUGAUUCCUGCAGUAAAGGAAGCUAGCACCAAGUGUACACUGAUGGCCAAUGCUGCAGGACAAGCAAGCCACUUUGACAAGAGAGAAAUCUGCAGAUACUCGCCAUUGGAUAGGCUAGCUAGCUAUGCAUUUUGGAUCACUUUGAUUAGAUCGCUGUAAAGCACAUCCUCUUGCCACAAGUGUAAAUCAGGACCUGGGCAUUUCCCGGAAUAUUGAACCACAUUCCACAACUGAUAUUGAAUGUAAAUAUUUAUUACCAUAGUGACAGAAUGAAACAGAAAAGUUUGAAAAAUGUCGGUCCUUAAUUUUUAUUUAUUUAACCUUUAUUUAACCAGGUAAGCCAUAUGACAUCAUACUUGACAAAGCCACCUAGCUUGGAAUGUUGUAGAAUGGACACGUUUCAUCGGCCACAUAACUUGCUUAUGCAUACAGAUAUGCUAAUGAAGUGUGUGUCGACAUCCACAAAGUAUUGCACAGUCUUUUCAAUAUAGAAUAAAACACCAAAAGCUUAAACAGCCUACUCCUUCUCUCAACCUCUACUUUUUGGUACUACCUUCUAUGUUGUCCUCAGGUAUGGUUCAGAGGCUUAAUGAACAAGUCCCUCUGUCUGUUCUCCUUCAGAUAAGGUGGCCAUUAAGAUCCUGGAUAAGACCAAGCUGGACCAGAAGACCCAGAGGCUACUGUCCAGAGAGAUCUCCAGCAUGGAGCGACUGCACCACCCCAACAUCAUACGUCUCUACGAGGUGGGUCACACACACACACACACACACACACACACACACACACACACACACACACACACACACACACACACACACACACACUGACACUCACACACACACACACACACACACACACACACACACACACACACACACACACACACACACACACACAGCCUCCCAGGCAAAGGCUGUGUUAUACACCUGUUCAUGUUAAGGAAUGAGUUACACAAAGCCUGGUCAGAAACUAAGCUAAGGUCAUCAGUGCAGUGCACUUAAACAGAGUUUAUCAGGAGACGAUUUGACCAUCCUCUCUCUGCCUUCCUGCCGGGUGACAGGUGGUGGAGACAUUGUCACGGUUACACCUGGUGAUGGAGUAUGCUGGUGGAGGAGAGCUCUACACCAAGAUUAGCAUGGAGGGGAAACUGUCGGACAUCGACAGCAAGAUCGUCUUCUCUCAGAUCCUCUCGGCUGUCAAACACAUGGUAUGGCUCAGGGUUGCAGUCCUACUUACAUAUACUUUUCAGUGUAAUCGUCAGGGCCCACCCAAAUAAAUAUUAUGCAGUCUCUUUUCCGUUGUGCAACAUUGAAUGUCAUUUAAAGAAUAUGAGAUGUAUUUAAAGUACAUAUUGGUAUGUUUACCAGAUAAAUCUUUGACCCGCCCCACAGCAUGACAACAGCAUCAUCCACCGUGACCUGAAGGCAGAGAACGUGUUCUACACCUGCAGCACCUGCGUCAAGGUGGGAGACUUCGGCUUCAGCACGCUGAGCCGCCGCGACGAGACCCUCAACACCUUCUGCGGCUCCCCGCCCUACGCCGCGCCUGAACUCUUCAGGGACGAACACUACCUGGGCGUCUACGUAGACAUCUGGGCCCUGGGCGUCAUGCUGUUCUUCAUGGUGACAGGAACCAUGCCCUUCAGGGCGGACACAGUGGCCAAACUGAAGCACUGCAUCCUGGAGGGGGCCUAUGUGCUGCCCUCCUGGGUACAGGAGCCCUGCCAGAGGCUGAUCAGAGGCAUCCUCCAGCCCCAGCCCUCAGACCGCUGCAGUGUGGAACAGAUGAUGGGCUGUGAGUGGCUGCUGCCUGUAGACUUCCCCCGGGCCAUGGAGCCCUUUAAACUGGACCCGUCCUAUCUGGCAGAGAGCACGCCUUCAGAGUUGGAGGAGGAUGAUGCGGAGGUAAGGGAGGCGCUGGAGUUACUAGGGAUCACCCCGGAGCAUAUCUUAAAUAAUCAGGGGAAGGACUGUAGGAGUUCUGUUACGGGCGUUUAUAGGAUUCUGUUGCACCGUGCGCACAAGAGGCGGGCGGUGGAGAGCAUGCCUGUGGUUAUGCAUGUGGUCGGGGCCAGCGUGAGUAAAAAGGACCGAUUAAAGGUGUACCACAGCUUACGGCACACCUCCAAGCUUUGUGUGAUUCUGUGA